AUGUCUGUCUGUCCAUACGCUAAUCGCUUCAACGCAUUCCUCAACGACUUCAAUGGACUCCAACGUCGUGCUUUGGCAAACACAACCAACUUCAACUUUGCCAACGAACUCGGAGACAUUGAAAACAACGAGAACCAAUUUGCUGUUGAUUUGGAUGUUCGCCAUUUCAAACCAGAAGAAUUGAAUGUCAAUUUGAAUGGACACGUUUUGACUGUUGAAGGAAAUCACGAGGUCAAAACUGAACAUGGAUUUGUCAAGAGAUCUUUCACUCGUCAAUUCACUCUUCCAAAGGAUGCUGAUUUGGCUGCAAUUCACUCGAAUUUGGAAAACAAUGGACAUAUGCGCAUUCAAGUUCCAAAGGUUGGUUUUUAUUUUAUUUUAAAAUCUUGAAACAUUUUUACCCCCUAUUUAUUCCAGAUCGGAGCCACCAACAACACAACUCGCUCAAUUCCAAUUCAAGUCAAACCAAGUCUCACCAACGGAACUCAUUAA